CGGGGGGCUCCCUCCGAGUUGACUUGCGAGUCCGCAGCAGCAGUGGCGGCGGCAGCGGCGGGCGGGCGGGCGAGCGAGCGAGCGAGCGAGCGAUGGAUUCUCGGCCACGGCGGGGCUCUGCCCUCAGCCGCUCCACAUACAUCUACGACGUGCGGCCGCUCGUACUGGACGAGUUCUGCAGGAUCAUGGACACGUGCGAGAGCCCCAUGGGGUGGCGCGACCUGGCAGCCAAGCACAUGAUUAGUGACAUGACGGAGAUGCGUCUGCUGGCUCUCAAGGGCGAGCACGGCAAGAGCUGCACGGCGGAGCUCAUCUGGACGUGGGGCCAGCGCAACCACACGGUGGGCGAACUCCUGGACUUGCUGGAGGUGAUCGGCAACAAACGCGCGCUCAACCUCUUCCUGCGUGAGAUUAAGAUGACCAUGUCGCCGCCUUCACUCGGCGCUCCUGAAUCUCUACCGCCGCCUCCCUUGGCCUUGCUGGAUCCGGUGAAGGUGCCUUACUGCCCGAACGUGUCGCCUGUCUCCCACGUCCACGCCGAACCAGCGCUGUGCCAGGCACAGCCAAGUGACAGCGAACCCAAAGAAUUGAACGUUCCAAAUGUGUUGGACGGUGCAGGGCUUCCCUUGCCCGGGCAACCGCCGGGUGACACGUUUUGCCCCAUCUCGCCCGGCUCUGCCAACUGUUCCGACAACCUUCAGCCGAGCAGCAGCGAUAGCAGCGGCAGCGGCAGCAGCAGCAGCAGUAGUAAUAUCACCAGCGACAAUAUGGGCGGAUCUCUGCGCAACUUGAAGGAAGAUAAGUGCAGCAACUUGGACAGCGAGGUGGACAGCAGCUGCAAGGCUACGAUGGAGUCCAUCAGCUCACAAGAUUCACUCUCCGACAACAACGCCGCUGUGCUCGACCUGCAGCAGAUAUUCUCGCUGCAAGCCAUCUUGGAAGGCACCCACAACUUCAGCAUCGACCGAAAGCUGGGAGAAGGUGCCUUUGGCGUCGUGUACAAGGCUGACAUCCACAGGACCCCAUUUGCCGUCAAAUUGUUGAAAAAGCAAGGUGGAAUCCAGUGGCAGACGGUGUUGGAAAGCCUGCACGCCGAAAUGAAGCACCUUUACAUGUUGCGGCAUCCGAAUGUGCUCGAGCUGGCUGGGUUCUGCCUGGAGCAAGACAACUGUUGCCUGGUUUACCACUUCAUGCCCAACGGCUCUCUGGAAGAUCGCCUGCACCGCGGGAAGGGCGAUGGACCUCUGUUGUGGCGGACAAGGUUGGAGAUUGCGGAGGGAGCUGCUCGGGGCCUUCAGUAUCUGCACACGGCUCAAAAGGACCCAGUCAUACACGGGGACAUCAAGAGUGCCAAUAUCCUGCUGGACAGCCACUGCCAGGCGAAGCUCGGCGACUUUGGGAUCGCGCGCAUGGGCCCCUUCCUGGGCGUGCGCAGCUACACGUACGUGCGCAGCGCAGAGAUGCGCGGCACGCUCGCCUACCUGCCUGACGAGUACGUGCGAUCGCGCCAGCUCUCGACCAAGGUGGACAGCUACAGCUUUGGCGUGGUACUGCUGGAGCUACUCACGGGGAGGAAGGCUGUUCAGGAGCAACCGCAGCCUCAGUUCCUGAAAGACGAGGUGGAGGACGCGCUGGACUCGGACGAGGUGGGCACGGUGAGCGAGCGGAUGUUUGACCGCUCCGCCGGGCCCUACCCUCGGAGCCAGGCCACCGACGUUCUGCGUCUGGCGUGCAAGUGCCUGGACAAGCGCAAGAAGCGGCCCGAGAUGACGGAGGUUCUCGAGUUCCUGGAGGCGAUGCGGCAAACGGAUGCCGAGGAGACGCGCCCGCUGGCCCUGCCUUCGGACGCCGCGCCGACCCCGCUCGACCACCGGGGAGCGCUGCCGCUGGAGCCGGCGGGGCCUCGACAGGUCCCCGUCGAGUCGACCGACGUCCACCAAUUCCCUACGCUGCCUCAGGACCUGCGCUCGCGUUCGCCCGUCACGGCGGCGACGUCCGGCGCGUGGCUCCCUCUGCCGCCGCCGCCCUCGUCGCCCUCUUGCCGUGGGCGCGAACCCUCGUGGUGGGGGGGCGGGGGCGCCGCCUCGCUCGCUGACGACGCCGGGAAGCUCUUGCUGCGCGCGCCCUGCGAGUCGGACGAUUUGUGCAGCGCGGGCGCCGGCAGCGGCGGCAGAGCGGAGGCUGCUCCGUUCGCCUUGUCGCUGGCGAUGGAGAGCGUGCACGUGGGCGGCGGCGGCGGCGGCGGCGGCGCCGGUGGGCCGGACGUGAAGCCGAGGGGAGUGGCACGCUCCUUCGAGGCCGGUCGAGAGUUUGCGGCAAGGAUGAUGGAAAGCGGCGGCGGCGGCGGCGAGGACGCGCUGCUUUGUCACCGCGGACUGCCGCCGCAGCCGACGUCUGGACGCAGCGAGCACGCGGGCACCGCCAAGAGCAUGGCGCGGCCGGGACAUUACGAAGCGGCGUCCCUGUCGCUCAGAGGGGCGGAAAACUGUUGGGCGCGGAGGGUGGACGGUCCGAUGUCUCUUCCACCGCCGCCGCAUUCGUCGUCGACCUCGUCUGCGAACGCGAGCCAAGGCAGCCGAGCGGCUUUACCGGAGCCAACAGGGAUGUGGCUGAACUCGGCUCGCCGACGCAUGGAGGAACGGAUUAACCAGUACAACGAGGGUCACAUCACCAGCGCCGAGCUCUUUUCGGAGACCGAAGGUACAAACAGAGUUCCAACUGAGGAUUUGGAGUCUCGGACUGGGAACAGAUGAUCCACAGAACACCGUCUCGAGUUAAUAUUCACUGGACUUUCUUGGACC